UUGCAUUCUAGAUUCAUUGUGUAAGUUAUUUUGUAAUAAAGGAAGGACAUUUGAUUGCGUUCUUUGAAAGAUGGAUUUCAAUACCAUAAUACGAACAGAAAAUAAAGUCUGUGCAUCACAGUUUUUCAAUGCUAUCGAUAUUUGGUGUCAUAACCCUCAAAUUGUAAACCGUAGAGUUCUUGCAUGUGUUGAAAUACUGAAUAUCGAAAUUAGUUAUGACAUCUUUGAAAUUUUUCAACGUAUAAAUACUUUGGACAUUUCAUUCUUAAUCAAUGAUGACCAAAAAAACGGUAUCGAGAGCUCGAGGCUAUUAGACGUCUUACAUAUCUCCGAUCAGGUGACUCCUAUAACAUCCAAGAAAAAGAGUCGCUUGUAUGCGACCAAACAAUUACCGCGUGUGCCACAUAUAUUUGCCGCUGGCAUUGAAUUUUUUUUACUGGCAGUUGAAGAAAGUUGCGUGAUAAACAUUCACAAACCCUUUUUUAUGCUGAAACAGUCCCUUGGUCCUAAACGGGCAUAUAUGUUAAAGCAAGAAAUAGAUGGAUAUACAUCUCUUUGCGUGUAUCGAUCGAACAUUAUACGCGAUUCUAGUAUAGAAUGGUUGGAGAAAAAACUUUUUCCAUCUCUAUUAAAAUGGAUGAAAAACGAAUCAAGGAUUGUACCGAGAUCGUUGUCUUCUUUAAGUCUCAUUUCAGCUGAAAAAUACGCAAAAUUAUAUUACGAAUUAAAAGAGAAGUAUAGCACAAAGUUGAUAAACAAUUGGCCUGAGAAUACAGACCCGAUGAAAUUUGUUUAUGAAGACAUCGCAAUCUCUACUUAUUUACUUCUGCUAUGGGAAAAAGAAAGAUUUGAGAGGAAAAGCAAUGAUUUACAAACGUUUCUCGACUUGGGAUGUGGCAACGGUUUACUCGUGCAUAUUUUGUUCAACGAAGGUCACCAAGGGUUAGGUAUUGAUUUACGAAAGAGAAAAAUCUGGGACUCAUAUCCGACAAAAACGCCGUUACAAGUUUCUACUAUCGUUCCUUCCUCUACAACUGUAUAUCCAGGAGUAGAUUGGAUCAUAGGAAACCAUUCGGAUGAGUUGACACCGUGGAUUCCGGUGAUUGCAGCGCGUAGCUCUAACGAUUGUCGUUUCUUUUUGUUACCUUGUUGCCCAUACGAGCUCAAUGGUACCAAGUAUCAAAGAUAUUGCGCUUCCAAGAGUCAGUACUCGGAAUAUAUCGAUUACGUGAAAAGUAUUUGCGUUGAAUGUGGUUUUACAACGUACGUUGACAAAUUAAGAAUCCCCUCAACGAAACGAACUUGCUUGAUUGGAUGGGAAAGGGCUACUGAAGAGAUAAAAGAACGAGAGGAUCGUAUUCAACGAAUGCUAAGUGUGAAAACAACUUUGUUUCGACAAAAAUAUGAAUCGGUCGAGGCAAUCGAUGCUGAUAGUGAUAAUACAAUCAAGGGGUGGAUCUGUGACUUUAAGCCAAGGGAUAAAGUGGAAAAAGUGCGGAACUGUACGCAAUUGGAGAAAACGUUAAUUUCGAGUAUCGUUGGUAUUGUAUCGAAUCAGCUACUGCACGAAGGUCGUAUUAUUUCAUUGGAAGGAACAGAGGUGAAGCUUUGGAACGCCGGCAGAUGCCUCGAAUUGCGUGAAAUUGCCGAAUCAGUACCAAAGGAAAUGAUGAUACGCUUACGGAAAGAAUGCGGAGGUCUUCAAACUUUGCUCAAAAAUCACAGUCACAUAUUUUGCGUUGCACAGGGAAAGGUGGAAUUUAAAAUACCCGGAACGGAAAGGGUUAAUGAGAAAUCGAAGAGAAAGAAGUUAUCAUCGUUGUCACGAGCGAAAACUAAAUCCUGCUGGUUUUAUGAAAAUCAUCCGAAUGGUUGUCCAACAACUGAAACAAAAUGUAAUUACCGACAUUAA